AUGAGCGACGCCGCGACGAUCCGCAAGCAGCUCAGGAUCAAGUCCGGAUCGGCCAAACGGCUGUACAAGGAACAUAGGCUCUACCAGAAGGAGGAGGAGGAGCUGAAGCGUAAGCUUGACAAGCACAUUGCGGAGAACGCGGAGAACUGGGAUAUCGGGAACACGAGGCGCAUGAUGGAGGAGUCUGGCAAGAUGAUCGUCGACUCGUCCGAGCGGCUGGGUGUCGUCGCGCAGUCCCUGCGCGAGCUUGUGAUCUCCGCAGAGAAGGACCCCGCGUUCGCGGAGGACGAGGAUCUGGCAAAGGCGAGGGAGGUUCUGGAGGAAGUCAGCGUCUGA